AUGAGCGAUGAGACGAAAGCGACUGAGGUUGAGAGCGGGUCCCAAGGAGCACAGCGGCGAGGGUUCGAUCCACCUUCCUUCCCCGCUGUCGCCGCUACGCGUCCUGUGGCGGUUCACGCGUUUCCGUCGGGCGGGUACGUGUGGGACGUGGCGGCGGCAGAGCAGGUUCGACUAGAGCACGGCAUAGUAGGGACCAUGGCGGGAGGCCUGCCGGGCUUCGCGCUUCAGAACAAGGUCAAGGGCCUGCCGCUGCUGCUCUCGCUGGAAGAGCUCGCCGCAGCAGCGACCAUGGGCGUCGCAAGGCUGCAAGCAAGCGAGAAUAUGGGGGAGCGUGGCACGGAGGAAUGUGGAGGGUUGCACCGGAUGGCUGCGUCUAGCUGCUCACACCCCUGCCUGCUCGCCUCUACCUGCCCUCACCAGCCGCCCUGCUCCGUGCCGCACACCCUCCACGCUGCCAGGGAGGCCUCGUUCAGCGAAAAGUUCCGGCUGCCCGUAACAGAGGGGGAUGUGGAGGUAGCAGCGGAGUGGUUCGGCGCUUCAGGGCGUGGGGUGCAGCGGCAGAGGGAUGGCAGUGAUGCUCCAGCUGGGAUUGGGGGAUGCAGCGAAAGUGCCGCAGUGGAUUGUUCUGAAGAGGAGGUCGCUGGUGGAGAGGAGAAGGGCAAUGGUGGGGAAGAUAGGAACCAAAGCAGAGGUCGAUGCAAAGGAGCGAAAGACAUUGGCAGAGAGUGGCAUGAUGAUGACAGGGAAGGAGUGAGCAACGGCACGAGCGCCACAUCCCCCAGCACUUGCUGCAAUCAUCAUCCGCCGUCUUCCUCCUCCCUGCCCCUCACCCAACCGCAUGCACGCACCUCCCUGCUCUCCAUGCUCGCGUCUCUCCUCAACAGCAGCAGCGCCACCAUGCGCCUGCGCUGCCUGGUCUACGCGGACCUGCUCGCCCGCUCCUGCCGCAUGACGUGCGGGAUGCGCUUCGGUGCGCAUUGGCUGGUGUACCCGGGGGGCGCGGACCCCUGCGACCUGCACGCGCCCUGCAUGCUGCGCGUGCAGCGGCAGCACGAGGGGUUCUCAGCGCAGCAGCUGCUGGCGGCUGCCCGCGUGGCCAUGGUCUCCAGGAAGAGGCUUGUGCUCGCAACUGCCCCUGAGGAGGUGCUGCAGGGGGAAGGGUUCUGGGAGCGGUUUGUGGAGCGGUAUGGGGUGGUGCAGGUGGAGCGGAGGGACGGGGAAGAGGGCGAGAGGCUGGUGAGAGGAGUACUGGAGGAUGGGUUAGGGGGAGCGGAGCUGGAAGGGUUGGCGCAAGUGGGGGACGAUGCGGGAGCAAAACAUGAGGAGGUUGCCAGACUGAUUCUCAAGGAUGGAAGGGGUUCAGAGCAGGGAGGAGGAGAGGCUGGUGAGCGUGGGGCAGCAGAAAGCCGAGGCAUGUGUGGGGGUGAGCAAGGGUGGGAGAAGCAGGAGAGGAAAGGGGGAGCGAGUGUGAGAGGAGAGGAGUGGGUGGAGUACACGACAGUGGUGACUGACCUGGACUUCCUGCCUCUAGAGCUGCGCACCCAGAACCCCCUCAAGGCCAAGAUGCUGCAACAAGGACAGCAGGUCGGCACUCGAAGGAGCAGGAAAUCUGGUGCUGUGUAA